AUGGACUGGAUUGGAAAUCUGACUAUAACGGUAACGAUUUCGAUCCUUGGUAGUAUUUUACUUGUGAUUCGUGUCAUUGGUAAACGGCUUCGUAUAGUUCAUAACUUUUCAUGGCGACGAAAUCGACGUAUGGUUAUUCAACUGUUGUCUAUUUCUGUGUUCUAUAUUAUUAUUUGGGUACCGAUUAUUGUUUGUUUUCUUAUGGUACUGUAUGCACCAAAUCCAAUAGUAUUAAAUCUUAGUGUAUCUUAUCUGAAUUAUUAUCAAUAUAUUUGUAUGCUUCUUUAUCCAUUAAUAUGUCUUACAGGUUUAAAAGAAGCGCAAAAACCAUUAAAGCAACAAUUUUAUCGGUGGGCAAUGUUUCGAACGAAUAAUAACAGGAUUCAACCAACUGGCACGUAA